AAAUGCUCCCCUGCUCACGCUCGGAAAAAUGAUAAAUUGAGAAUAUAAUGAAAAAGUUAAUACAUUUUGGGGAAGAAUUUGCUUUGGCCCUCCCCCCGGAAAAAUCCUGGCGACGCCCAUAGUGACUGUGUGUGUAUAUGUCAAGGCACAAUAGACACCGUGUAACCAAGGGUAACGACCAGAAGAUAAUGAACGACCUGAAAAUGAUUUGGAGCUGUUUGUUGGAUGUCUCUGAACUAAUGGUCGAAUUAUGAGUGGUCGUGGGUGUUUGUUUUGUUGCCACUUUUCUGUUUGCUUUAUACAUGUAUAAUGGAACGCCUACGUUUCACGCCGAACUCCCUGACAAAACCAGAUUAACAAACGAAAUGGAUUCACAAAUCACCAAAAAAAUGAACAAAUUUGCGAUUUCAGCUUCAUUCACAAAUAUCGUCUUGUAUUUUCGACCAAGCGUGGUUCAGUAUAAUGAAUUAGUGUUGAAUUCGUAACCACUUAAUUUAGUGAAGAAUGUGACAAAUACGUAUGAUGCAUAAGAAAAUAAUUGGUAUAUAAUCUAUAUAUUUAAAAUUGAAAGGAACUAUUAAUUCAUAAAGAGACGAAUUCAUUGGUAAGGAUUAUAAUGUUAGGUGUAUACCAGUACAACCCGGUAAAUCGUGAUGAGGUUUUUUCUUGCUUGAUUUGAUAUUUUUUCAUUAUUCCAAAUAUUAACAGCGAGGCUUUAAUUUAAAAGCCGUACAUUUAUACCAAUUUGAAACAUGAAAACCUCUUAUUUAGAUUACCGAACCCCCGUGGAUAAAGAAACAACAGUAUUUUGUAUUUAUUUUAAGCCAUGCCAUGACAGAUUUGUCGGACCAUUUGUUCCCUUCAUAUUACAAUGGAGUAUUGUUUGGUGGAGCGCUUUUUAAAUAUUGAUAGCUGCGCGUGUAGUGUGUAAUGGCCGCCUAGCCGAUGGUUGCACCGCUGGUAACCUUGGUAUAUUGAUUGGUGAUACUGCCUACCAACCCCCCCCCCCCCCCAUCAUACACGGCCAUAGGAAAAAUAAUAAUAAAAAAGACAAUAAACAGGCUGCUUGGUUACGUUACCAUGGAGACUACAGGCAUAAAAAUUGGUAACCAAAGACUGCAUCGCCACUUUGCUCACUGGUAGCGGACGAAGUGGUGGUAGUGUUUUGUGGUAUUUGGUAUAUAUCUUAAAGCGCGCAAAAGCAACAAUUUGCUUUUUAGGAGUAGUGAGUAAAAGGCGUUGCUUUUUAUAAGGAAAAAUAUAAUCCUUCGAGGGGGAGAAAAGAAAAUGGAUCGUGCGACUCGCAGAAAGUUACUGGAGUCCAAGAAAGAGGAGUUGAGCGAAGCGAUCGACGCGGAGAAAGUUGCCCGGGAGCUGUUGGCUCGAGACGGUAUCAGCGAAGACAUCCGAGAUCUGAUUCUGAAACAACGUAGCAACAAAGACAAGACGAGCAAGCUGGUUGACGUGAUGAAGAUUGCUAAGAACAGCAAGUACGAGAUGUUCUGUGAGGUCUUGAGGGAGCAUGGACACGACAAACUGGCCCAGCAACUGAUGAAACAAGAGGAGCGGUCUACGGCUAAACGCAAGACCAAAACAGGAGCUGGAGAGGCAAAACGCAAAUCCUCAAGCACCAAAGCAGACAGCUACGCGGACGUCUUCAAGAGCUGUCGCAACUGCUUCAUCAGUGACGUAGCCGCCGAUCCUAACCGUCUUGUUCAACAGCUGGAAACAGGCGCAGGCAAAGGGGUGGCCCUGUCUAGCGCCACCAAGCGACAGGUGGAGCUUGAGGCCGAAGCCGAAGCUAAAGCUGAGAUUCUCUUCGAGGCCAUUCUACCGCAGAUCAACGAGUAUGGUCCCUUCUUCGAGAUGGUGCAGAUUCUACGUGAGCCGUAUCAGCAUCUGUCCAACCAACUCUGGGAACAACUCAAAAACAUCGUCGUGCCGCCACCCAAAAGUGGUGCCAAUGUGAAUCGUAAUAAGCAGAGCGCUGGGAGCUCACACUCAUCAUUGCCAGCAUCACCCGGAAGUCUGCGAAGCGCGCCGCAAUCAGCCGGCAAAGGGCCCUCUAACGACAUCAUGAAAUCCCUCACUAAUCUUCAAUCGGAUCUGACAGAAUCACAGAGCGACAGUCUGAAACAGUCCCUUCAGUUGGAGAGGUGCAUUCAGACCACAGCAGAGGCCAAUAAUUCUAUUAAGAAGCUGAAGGUUCAGUUACGAUUGUCUGAGGAGGAGCGCGAUGCGGCUGCCUCACAGGCUGACGCAGCCCGUCAACAGGCCGCCGAAGCCCGUCAACUGCUGGAGACGGGGCUUGCAGAGGCAGACGCAGAGCGCAAGAAACUCGAAGACCAGCAUCGCAAGUGGGAAGGCCAGAUACGAAGACGCAUGUCCAUUCUGGAGCAGAAGGAGACGUACCUGGCCUCCAAGGAGGUAGAGCUGAGACGGCGUGAAGAGGAGCAGAAGCAACGCAACCAGCUCCAAAGGAGACAGCAUGAAUCAUUGGAGAAGAAGGGCUUAGAUAUGUCGAAUCGUGGAGAAAGGCAAGACAUGCGAAGUGCCGAGUAUCACGUCCGACAAGACAGGAUGAAAGAAAGAGAAAAUAACCUGGAGAUGAAUGAAUCGCAGCUGUCUGAACGGGAAGAAGAGGUUGCCCGAAAGGAGAGCAUCUUGAAGAAGAAGGAUAUUGAUUUACGCCGCAAAGAGAUUGAGACCAUUCGUCUGGAGGAACAGAUCAAAAUGAUGCAGGCAUCGCAGCGUAAGAUGGCAACCCAACUGAAACAGAAAGAGCAGUCUGUUGCUCAGGCAGAGGAGGACGUCAAAAUCAUCGGUGAUAACCUUCAACAGCGGGAGGAAAGUCUGAGAGAGAAGGAGAGACGUCUCAAUAUGAAGAUGCUUCAAGUCAAAGAGACAGAGGAGGACUUGGAACAGCUGAAAAGCCGGGUCGAGAAGAAAGAGAGACAGGUUCAGGAGGCGGAGGCCGAGAUGCGAGAAUGGGAGGCCGAGCUUGAGAACAAAUCUCAGGAGCUGAGCAACAUGACUUCUGGAGCAGAAAUCAAAGAAGAAGAGCUUCGCCAGAAAGAAGAGGAGGUCAACUUCAAGAAGAAGGAACUGGACAGCCUUCAAGAUGUCUUAGACUGCCGUCUGCAAGCGCAGGAGAGAAUGGAACGUGCCCUGAGGAUGAUCGAGGUUGAGCAGAUACGUCGGGACAAGGAGAUACUUAACCGGGAAGCCGAGUACUUUCACUUCAAUUUCCCCUCUCAAAAGAAACUGGAGGAGAUGGCGGGUCGGAUGGAGGAGCUGGACAAGAAAGACGGAGAGCUGAAGAAACGUGAGGAGCUCCUGAGCUGGAUCGAAGUAGAGCAGCAGCGCCGGGAGGUGGAGUUAAAGAAACAGCAGCUGUUAGCCGAGAGAGCUCGCCGAGAGGCAGAAGCUGUUGAUGAUGAGGAAGCUGUCGGUGAUAACGACGACCAGCGCACCGAGGUCGACUCGGUGCCUCUGAGUGACGCCAUCAGCCUCCCACUCGAAGCUGACCCGGAGCCCGAGAUGUUCGGCUACGAGGUGAUGCUCAAGGGAGCCCGUUACGCCAAACGCGGCAGCAAGUCGUCUUUCGAGAUGAAGGUUGCUGGGAUACAGACUGUGGCAGCUUUCAAAAACAUCUUGGAGACUGAGGAAGGAGUACCAGCAACCUGGCAGAGCGUGUACCUGAAUGGGCAGCACCUUGACGAUAGCAUGACACUACCAAGCAGCGGUACCCCAGGAGGUUUACAGAAGAUUGAACUGAAACUUAAUACACCUCAGCUGAAGGAACGAGACAUUAUCAAACUCAAGGUACGGAGCUGCAACGGCCCAACCCACACUAUUGAGUUCUCGCAAGACGACACCGUAGCUUUGGCCAAGGCUCGCAUCUACAAGUACACGGCCAUCCCGCCCCAUCAGCAGCUCCUGUCUUACAAGGAGGUGCUCCUGGAGAACCACGCCCCUCUCCAGCUCUACUCGAUCCGUAAGAAUGCAACAAUGGACCUGAGGCUUCGGUUCAGCGUGAUUGCAGAGAUGUCUAGCAGCCAACAGAUGACGAUCACAGCUGAUGAGAUCAACACCAUCGCAAACAUCAAAGCUAACAUCUUCGAGAAGACCAAACUACCGCUUGAUAACCUGAAGAUUUCGUACCGAGGCAAGCAGCUGGAGGAUCACCGCACCCUGGCCCAUUACAACAUCGAAGAGGGCGCUGUUCUGCAUGUCAGCUGCGCCCUCAACGUCAAGAUGCACGCCACAAACACCGACAUCAACCUGGAUGUUGAGCCUGGUGCCACGGUGCAGCAGCUCAAGCAGAUCCUGUCUCGACGCAAGAACAUCAACGCCGAUCGCAUGUACAUCGUGACUGGCGACCAGAUCCUGAACGACGAUCAAGAUGUGACGGAGGUGGUGCGUCAUGGGAAGGACCUCGGCAUGCACGUGGGUAACGUGCUGGUCAUGUCAUCCUCGGGCCAGAUCAUGCGAAACGGCGGUGACAACGAAGGGCAGCAGACAGGGAACCAGACUGACCGAUCACUGGAUCUAAGCGUGUCGGGAUCGCUCAACCUGUCUCAGAUAGCGCGCUAGGGGUACAUACUUGAGGCAUGAAGGUGUGCUAUUCAAACAGCUGAAAUUGCGCCCCCCCCCCCCCAAAAGGAAUGGCUUGCUUUGAUGAAUUCAAAACAUAUCCUGAUAAGCAAAAGUUUUGUGCGAAAGUAUAACUGCUUCGCAGGCGCGGAUCCAGGCGGGGGAUAAAAAAACCCGCCAGUUCUGUCAUUUUUUGUUUUCAUAGAAAUUCUUUCAAAAUAAUGCCCCCCCCCCUGCUCUGACACCCCAAAAAAUGAAACUGGUAAUAAUUUCGGCCUGUGCCCAAAAUACGGACGGAGCGAGCUUGGUUAGGGGGUAUUUGUAUACUAUUCUGUAACAAUCGUCCGAUUUGAACAGCGCUCCCAUUAAUGGUACCGGCCACUUUAUUGAUUUUCGGAGGCCAAGUGUCCGGAGAAAAAAACCUGUCUACAUUUCAAAAUGUUUUGCUGAUGAACUCCCAUCCCCCCCCCCCCACCCCCGGCGAAAAUUCCUGGAUCCGCCCCUGGCUUCGUCACAUUCCUGAUGUCGUGAUCCCCCGUCGUGUCAAUUUAGCAAUGCAGUAUUCUUCUGUGUCUUUUUCCUCAUGCGCACUGUGAUUGUAGAAAUUAAUACUGUGAAAUCACAGCAGUUUCUAAAUUCACAGUUGAUUUUCUUUUUGUGAAAAGUAAAUUUCCAUGCUUUCAAAUAUAUCACUUUAUAUCUCAGAUUUCCUGUAGUAAAUAUUAAACGAGUUUUUCAUAAAUUCUUUUAUCGUGAUGUUUGAGAUUUUACCGAAAAGUUUAUAAAAUUCACUAAUGUGCAGAUUUGAAUUUAUCUAUUUAAAAGACGUUUCUAAUGAAAUAAAUGAAAAAUCCCAAAUUAUUCAUAAAUACCUUAGACAGUUUAGCCAUUCCUAUUGGU